AUGUGCAUCGGAAUGCUGUGGCUGCUGCUCCUGACCCUCCCCUGCCUGGGGGGCUCUGUGCCCGGGAACCCAGAGCCCGGUGCGGGGCGUGAGCAGGUGGGCAUCGUCGGGGGCUGCGACGUCUCGGCCAGGAGGUACCCCUGGCAGGUCAGCCUGAGGUUCUACAGCAUGAAGAAGGGCAAGUGGGAGCACAUCUGCGGGGGCUCCCUCAUCCACCGCAAGUGGGUGCUGACCGCUGCCCACUGCCUUGGGCCGGAGGAGCUGGAGGCCUGUGCGUUUAGGGUGCAGGUCGGGCAGCUGAGGCUCUAUGCGGACAACCAGCAGACGAAGGUGGCUGAGAUCCUCCGCCACCCCCAGUACAACGAGAGCCUGGCUGCCCAGGGCGGCGCGGACAUCGCCCUGCUGAAGCUGGAGGCCGCCGUGCCGCUGUCCAAGCGGGUCCACCCCGUCUCGCUCCCGCCUGCCUCCCUGGACGUCCCCUCGGGGAAGACCUGCUGGGUGACCGGCUGGGGUGACAUCGCAGGCAACCGGCCGCUGCCUCGGCCCUACCAGCUGCAGGAGGUGGACGUCCCCAUCGUGGGGAACGAGGAGUGUGACCGGGAGUACCGGAACCAGUCCCUGGACAGCACCGACAGGGUCAUCCAAGACGACAUGCUGUGUGCGGGGAGUGAGGGCCGGGACUCCUGCCAGGGUGACUCUGGGGGCCCCCUGGUGUGCAGGUGGAAUUGCUCCUGGGUCCAGGUGGGGGUUGUGAGCUGGGGCUACCUCUGCGGCCAAGGGUACCCUGGCGUGUACACCCGCGUGAUGAGCUACCUGUCCUGGAUCCGCCAGUACGUCCCUCAGUUCCCUGGACCCUAGCUGGGGUCUGCACCCUGA